GGAGCCAAUAUGGCUCCCAUAGUUACACCAUCCUUACUCUUCACCUAGUCAGCGACUUGACUGCUCAGACCAGGCUGCAGACCAAGAGCUAAGUCUACUUAGCCCCUCCUGACCGCAACUACAGGAGCGACUGAAGUCGGGCGGCACCUCGCGGUAUUGAACUCCGUUCCCAGGGAAACACCACGUCCGCUGACGUCAUCACGCCGACACGUGGAUCCAAGAUGGCGGCAGCGAUGGAUUGGCUGCUGUGGUCCCUGCUACUUCUCUGCCUCAUAUGCAGAACAAGAGCCUUCUAUGUCCCUGGGGUCGCGCCGAUCAACUUCCACCAAAACGAUCCUGUAGAAAUCAAGGCUGUGAAGCUCACCAGCUCUCGAACCCAGCUACCUUAUGAGUACUACUCACUGCCCUUCUGCCAGCCCUUAAAAAUAACCUACAAGGCAGAGAAUCUGGGAGAGGUGCUGAGAGGGGACCGGAUUGUCAACACCCCUUUCCAGGUUCUCAUGAAUAGUGAAAAGAAGUGUGAGGUUCUGUGCAGUGAGUCUAAUAAACCAGUGACCCUGUCCAUGAAAGAGAGCCGGCUCGUGGCAGAGCGGAUCACGGAAGACUACUAUGUCCACCUCAUUGCUGACAACCUGCCUGUGGCCACUCGGCUGGAGUUCUACGCCAGCCGCGACGGCGAUGACAAGAAGAAGGAAAAAGAUGUACAGUUUGAACAUGGCUACCGGCUUGGCUUCAUGGAUGUCAACAAGAUCUACCUGCACAAUCACCUCUCGUUCAUCCUUUACUACCAUCGAGAGGACCUGGAAGAGGACCAGGAGCACACAUACCGUGUCGUCCGCUUCGAGGUGAUUCCCCAGAGCAUCAGGCUGGAGGGCAUCCUGAGCAUGAUCAUCAUUCGGACGCUCCGGAAGGACAUUGCCAACUAUAACAAAGAGGAUGACAUUGAGGACACCAUGGAAGAGUCUGGGUGGAAGUUGGUGCAUGGUGACGUCUUCAGGCCCCCCCAGUACCCCAUGAUCCUCAGCUCCCUGCUGGGCUCAGGCAUUCAGCUCUUCUGCAUGAUCCUCAUCGUCAUCUUUGUGGCCAUGCUUGGGAUGCUGUCGCCCUCCAGCCGGGGAGCUCUCAUGACCACUGCCUGCUUCCUCUUCAUGUUCAUGGGGGUGUUCGGUGGAUUUUCUGCUGGCCGACUGUACCGCACUCUAAAAGGCCAUCGGUGGAAGAAAGGAGCCUUCUGUACGGCGACACUGUACCCUGGCGUAGUUUUCGGCAUUUGCUUCAUAUUGAAUUGCUUCAUCUGGGGAAAACACUCAUCGGGAGCGGUACCCUUCCCCACCAUGGUGGCCUUGCUGUGCAUGUGGUUUGGGAUCUCCCUCCCCCUUGUCUACCUGGGCUACUACUUCGGCUUCCGCAAGCAACCAUAUGACAACCCUGUGCGCACCAACCAGAUUCCCCGGCAGAUCCCUGAACAGCGGUGGUAUAUGAACCGAUUUGUGGGAAUUCUCAUGGCUGGGAUCCUGCCCUUCGGCGCCAUGUUCAUUGAGCUUUUCUUCAUCUUCAGUGCAAUCUGGGAGAAUCAGUUCUAUUACCUCUUUGGCUUCCUGUUCCUCGUUUUCAUCAUCCUGGUGGUGUCCUGCUCACAAAUCAGCAUCGUCAUGGUGUACUUUCAGCUGUGUGCAGAGGAUUACCGCUGGUGGUGGAGGAAUUUCCUAGUCUCGGGGGGAUCUGCAUUCUACGUCCUGGUCUAUGCCAUCUUUUAUUUUGUUAACAAGCUGGACAUCGUUGAGUUCAUUCCCUCUCUCCUCUACUUUGGCUACACGGCCCUCAUGGUCCUGUCCUUCUGGCUCCUCACGGGCACCAUCGGCUUCUAUGCAGCCUACAUGUUUGUCCGCAAGAUCUAUGCUGCUGUGAAGAUAGACUGAUGCGGGUGGACCAUGGCCAGGCCCACUCCAUCCACGGACAGGAAGCCACCCUGCGUGGGGAACUUCAGGCACGCAAAAUAAAAUAACUCCUGCUCAUUUGGAAUGUAACUCCUGGCACAGUGUUCCUGGAUCCUCGGGCUGCGUGGGGGGGGCGGGAGGGCCUGUAGAUAAAUCUUGCAUUUUUCUUCAUCAUCUUAUUCCAAUUCUGUGGGGGAUGAGGUUUUUUGUGGGUUGUUUUUUCUUCAGUGCUAUGAAAGUUCCCUUCAGCAGGAACUUUGAGACCUUCAGAUUCAUUUUUGGUUUGGGGUUUUAUUUCUUAGUUUUUUUAAACAAUGGAUCCAGCAUGGAUAAAUCCACCGAGACAUUGGAUUUUGGUCACUGUCUCCACCUCAGUUCCUCAGGGCUGUUGGCCACCCCACAACUAACUGGAAGAGGAAACGCCGGGCCUUCUGGGGCUUCAGUAAGGUUUCGGAGCCUCUCACUGCCCAUCCUCACCAUUGAUGCCGCGACAAGCACAGCUCUAGCCCAGACAUGCGUCCUCAGUGCCAACCUGCUUCUACCAGCCAUUUUUCCUCCCUCUUCUUGCCUCCCCAGCCUUCUCCCUGGGCUGCCGUAGGCAGGACUACCAGCCAGGCCUCUGGGUCAUCUUGUCAUCAGGAGCAUGUCCAGUCUUGGUUGCUACAAGGAAAUCCCCGGAAAUACUGGGGAGCAGCGGGAAUUUGCUGUACCAGAGAAGAAACUUUCAAUGAACUAUUUUUGUGCCAAGAAACCCUGGAUCCAGGGCCAGGUACUUCCAAAGCCAAACCAAGUAUCCACAUGUCUGUGUCUGGACUAAGGGUCCUCACCCUUCAGGAUUGCUCCCCAUUCCCAUCCUUAGGGGGUUGCUGUUCUUUGCAAAGUAUGUUGGUGGCGGGGUCUCUCCUCCCCUACUUUCAGGGCAGAACAAGGCCUGGAGACCUCAGAUCCCUUCCCUUAGAUGGCUGGGGAGAGCCAAUCCCUCCCUGACAUCUACAGUCUCAGUGCCCAUGUGCAGCUCUUAGCCAAAUCCAUCUCCCGCCCCCUCUCAUCUGAGUUCUUGCCUCUUUUGGGGAACACCCAGAAAACUGCUGGUGAGAAUGGAGAUGGAAGGUACGUUCUGUCAUUUCUUCCCCAAUUUUUAGGAAUAGGCAAGAACCUAGUUUCCCCAGGUUAGAAAAAGGGAGCUAACAUGGCAGGUCUGGCUUCUUUAUCAACACCCACUCUUGGGGCCAAGCCCCCUGCCCACUCUGCAUGUCAUACUUGCUCUUAAAUUACAAGAGACCAAACCCGCCCUGGGAUUAGGGUUUAAGUAACAGCCAUUCACCCUUGCUCCAGCCCCUUUAGAACUCCCACCACAAGACAAAGCUCAGGAUGUCGGUUAAGCUAGGAACACACUACCCCCUUCCUUCUCGCAGAUUCUCCCAACGGCCCCUACCAGCUCCACCAAUCAAACCAGUGAACUACUCAACCUUGCCUCACAGUGACUGCACAGUGCCAAGUGGCAGCCACCAAGAAUCAGGUUGGAGAAAAGGGAACCCAAGCAGUAGAGAAUGAUAAUGGAGUCUCAUUUAUUCAAAUCUUGAAUUUUUUUUUCCCCUAAGAGAUGUUCUUUUUGGGGGGAGUAGGGAAAUGGACUCCUCAUAAAGGAUUUAAACAUCAUCAAUUUUUUUGACUUUUUUAAUCAUCAUCAUUAUUUUUAAUUAAAAAAUGCCUGUAUGCCUUUUUUUGGUCCAAUUGUAAAUAAAUAUACCAUUGUCCUGUUGUCAUGUCUCUCGAAUCUCUUGCAUGGGUUAGGGGUCUGAGGUGAAACAACUUCUCCAAAUGGGUUGAGCUGAGUAGUUUCCCUCAAAGAUCAGUCUCACGUCAGUGUAAGGCCACUGUUCCCCUGCUUGGUGCUAGUUCAUAUCCUCUCCCAUUUGCUCAGCCCCUCCAU